UUUCCUCCGAACUGCGAAACAAAAACAGGCCGAUUAACUUUUUCUUACCCCGGACUAAAGACGCCGUACUGACUCUCAACAAGUUGUCGAGAGGACGAACAGCCAUUCAGCCCGGAAGGCACAACAGCCCUAAACCAUUACGACAGUAUUCGCUUGCAGGGAUAAACAGACACAUUUCAUCCGGGUGGGGGUUGCAUCCUCUGUGAAAAUGGCAACCUUUCCCUGUAACACCUGAAUGAAUAAUUCAACACUCUGGGCUCUAUCAGAGCUGUCAGAAAUGUCAGCCGAUUGGAAGUACCCUUGGCUGCCCCCGGAGGAUGUUCACUCCGCACCCUGUGGUGGGGGUCUCUCUCUGUCUCACACUCUCUGACACUGACACACACAGACACACACCUUUUCCAGUGCCAGAACUCCACUAGCUGCAGGACACUGAAGCACCGAAAGCUGAGCAUUCAAAAAAGAAAGAAAAAGAAACUCCCCUCAGCGAGCUAGACGGAGGCUUUCUGCUGGUGUGAGAGGAGUGUAGAUGACCAACCGUCACACCUUGCUGCCUGCUGUGGAAUGUGGAGCGCUGCUGUUGACGGAUCGGUGCACGGCCUUUGGUGGGACGUCUGCAGUGGCCUAGGAGCCAUCGGGGGGGGGUCCGGCACUAAAGGUCUUCCUUCCUGCUCUCGGAAAACCAAUGGGCGAACACGACGAAGCCGAGUCGUCGUGCGGGGCACUCGGCGGAGGGGGCCCCCCGCGGCCCCCGAGUAAGUGGCGGCAGUCCAGCAGCCUUUUCAACCAGGACGUGGGCACGCCGCCUUUCCUGGAGCCGGCGGAGCCUCGGUGGACGGACGUGGAGCGGCUCCAGAGGGGCCUGGCCGGCUGCCCCUGGCCGGGCUUCACACCCGCUCCGCUGUUCGUGCCCUACAUCUGUGGGCCGGUGCAUCGUCCCGGCCAGCAGAGUAGCAGAGAGCCGUACAAGUGGAGGGUGAGCCUGGAAGUGGCCCACUUCCUCCCCUCGGAGAUUUCUCUCAGCGUCAGAGACGGAUUCCUGGAGGUCGGAGGGAAACACGAGGAGAGGCCGGACGAGCACGGAUUCAUCGCCAGGUGUUUUACCAGGAAAUACAGGCUGCCGGCUGAGAUCGAUGUGACCAAAAUCGCCUCCGUGCUUUCUGUCGACGGCGUCCUGACUGUGGAGGCUCCAGUCCCCAAAACGUCCGUUCCUUCUCCCACCAUCAUUCCCAUCAAGGUAGAGCUCGAGGUGACUGGAGAAAGGCUGGAGAAAUAUGAAGCCCCUGACGCAGAACUGGAAAGCUGCAGAACCCCCGAGGCCCAAAGUUUACCGUCCGCAGAGGAGGACGGGAAAGAGUCCCAACAAGAGGAUCGCGGCCAGCGGGCCGACCCUGGCAGCGCCACAGUUGGGCCUCAGCAGCACAAGGAGGAGGAGGAGGAGACUCGCGAAGAGACAGCCGCAGAGUCCCGCCCUCCAGCGCCCGUCGAUGGCGACCGGCCCGCGAGCCCUCGAGAAUCCCCGGAGCCCCGCGUAGAUCCGCAAACCCGCGCGGAUGAGUCCGAACAGCCGGGACACGGAGAACCAGCCGUGGAUGGAGAGAUCCAGGUAGCGGCCGGCUCGGGGGAGGCUGCGGAGGAGAUCGCCCGCCCCGACGGGCCGGAGCCGGGCCAGACCCCCCCGAGCGAGGACCCGGGCCGGGAGCUGGAGGCCGCCGACGUAAAACAAGAACACACAGAGUAGAGGCAUAAAAUGUCACCAGAUGCGUUUUAGUGCGUAGACACACACAGCUAGUAAUGUUUGCAGCUCCAAUAAAGCAACAGCAUGUGGAAAAAUGUUCAAUAAAGUGUUUGGUGUCUCA